AUGUCACAGAAAUCUGGCACAAGAGACUCGGGAACUAUCAUCAUCAAGGACUACUGCAAUGGAAAGGAGCUAGCACUUGAUAUUCCGGUGCUUGAGUAUCAAACUUCAAAUUGCAAAGUCUAUCAAUUUGGGAAGCUAAACAAGAAAGCUUUUUCAAAGACAACAUGGAGAGCAUCAAGGAAGUUGCAAUUAAUUCACAUAGAUGUUGCAGGACCUCAAAGAACACCUUCAUUGAAAGAUUAUGAAGAAGUAAAGAAAAGUCCACAUUGGAAGGUUGCAAUGAAUGAGGAGUUGGCAAUGAUCGAGAAGAACCAAACCUGGAUUCUUAUGGAAAAACCUCAAGGCAUAAAAGUAAUUGGGGUCAAAUGGGUGUAUAGAACUAAAUUAAAUGCUGACGGUUCUAUCAACAAACACAAGGCAAGACUCGUAGUGAAAGGUUAUGCACAAAUUUUUGGUAUAGACUACUUAGAUACAUUUGCACCAGUUGCUCGAUUGGACACCAUUAGGUUGUUACUUGCUAUAGCUGCUCAAAGGAAUUGGAAGGUUUAUCAACUUGAUGUUAAAUCAGCUUUUUUAAAUGGUUUUUUGCAAGAAGAAAUAUAUGUGGAACAACCCCAAGGCUUUGUGAAGGAAGGAGAAGAAGAUAGACCAAGCAUAUUUCAGAAGCAUGAUUAUGAAGAAGUAAAGAAAAGUCCACAUUGGAAGGUUGCAAUGAAUGAGGAGUUGGCAAUGAUCGAGAAGAACCAAACCUGGAUUCUUAUGGAAAAACCUCAAGGCAUAAAAGUAAUUGGGGUCAAAUGGGUGUAUAGAACUAAAUUAAAUGCUGACGGUUCUAUCAACAAACACAAGGCAAGACUCGUAGUGAAAGGUUAUGCACAAAUUUUUGGUAUAGACUACUUAGAUACAUUUGCACCAGUUGCUCGAUUGGACACCAUUAGGUUGUUACUUGCUAUAGCUGCUCAAAGGAAUUGGAAGGUUUAUCAACUUGAUGUUAAAUCAGCUUUUUUAAAUGGUUUUUUGCAAGAAGAAAUAUAUGUGGAACAACCCCAAGGCUUUGUGAAGGAAGGAGAAGAAGAUAGACCAAGCAUAUUUCAGAAGCAUGGUUGGGUGUUUGAUGUACCUUACAGCAACUCGGCCUGA